AUGUGUAGGAUGACGCGAAACAUCCCGACCGAACUCGGGCUCACAGCCGAUUGGGUGGUCUACAAGGUGAAGUACGGCAAUGAGCUCCUCGGAAGUUUUGCCCGAGAGGAAACGUUUCGGGUAGCAGCAUUCCCGUAUGUUGGCGACACGCGCUUGGUCGAGAUCCUCACCUACUACCGGCAGGGACUACGUUACCAUAGGCCUUUAGUGGCUGCGGAUCCAAUGAAUCUACCCCUGAUUGACUGGAAUUCGCUAGCUCGCGACCUAGCUCACUGCCAGAAUACUCAUAGUGAGACGUGCAACGCCACACAACCAGCUUUCCGACAUCCCAUCCGGCUGAUCAAUUGCGAAUCACAGAAGAUUGAGCCGGCCGCAGCCGAUGCUCGAUAUGUCGCUCUCAGCUACGUCUGGGGGCUUUCCAAGCCUGUCUACGAAGUCCAUGGGGAUGACGCGGUUCUGCCAAAUCCCGUCGAAAGCACGAUCGAAGACGCCAUGUUUGUGGCCAAGACCAUCGGAUACAAAUACAUCUGGGUCGACCGAUUCUGUAUCAACCAGAAGGAUCCGAACAAGUUUCUGCAGCUUCGUCAGAUGGACUUGAUAUACCGGAAUGCCGACGUGACGAUCAUCGCCGCCGCGGGCGAGGAUCACAACUACGGGCUGCCGCACGUUCGUGACAAGAGAGCAGAGCCGCCCGCCGUCUGCAAAGUCGGGAAGUAUGUCAUCGCAGAGGUUGCCAACGAAAACAGACAGGAGAAUCUUGUCGUGGAGUCCAAGUGGAAUACGAGAGGGUGGACUUACCAGGAGGCCAUAUUUUCUCGGCGGCGGCUGGUCUUCACCGACCAGGGUGCAUCGUUCCACUGCAACACCACCGAGCUAUCCAGGGAGUCUGACGGACGGACGGUUCGUUACAGGAGAUUCUUGAGGGAGAAGAUGGCUCCACCGAGGCCGGUCUUCUCUGGACCCGGAAGGGCUCCUCAAGAUCUCGGCGCACGCAUGACUGAAUACUCCAAACGAGACUUGACGAACGGCUCGGACAUGCUCAAUGCAUUUCUCGGUGUUCUCGGCGCGUUCGAGGAAAGCCAGGGUCCUAUUUACCACCUUUGGGGCACACCGAUCUUUCCACUACGAGGAGGUUCUUCCGGAUCAUCAAGCAUCGCGUCCGAUGGGUUCCUCUACGCCUUCGUUUGGCAGAUGUUCGAGCCGGCUUCCCGUCGUGAUGGGUUUCCCAGCUGGUCGUGGAUGGGGUGGCACGGGCGUGUUAAGGACCUCCCUUACGAUUCAUCGAUCCUUGAUUGGAAGGGCGAGUCUGGUGUUGCGGUGUCCAUGGAGCUUUCAAAUGGCCAACUGCAGGAAUGGCCUCGACUUGUCGAACAGGAUUACUUCAAAGACGACUCGGACAAGCUCUCUCGCUUCAUCCACAUGUACGCUUGGACGGUAAAAGUCACUUUGGAGAGUUUGCCGUCCGGAGGGUGGCGAGCGGGAUUCCCUGACAGCCGUGGUGAGCUGGUUACGGAGGCGUUUGUCUUGGACGACGAGAUGCUACAAAGAGACGGAUACACCCAGGAAGAAAGAAAUCAGUCGUUUAUAUGCAUAUUCCUUGGUCCUCCCACAUCUAGCUUUGCCGCACUCCUUGUCCACCAACAUGAGGCUUUUGCUGAGCGUAUUGGGAUCAUGCGUCGGCCUCGAUUCCUGUCUAGACAUGAAGAUGGGCUGGAUUGGAUCACUCCAAAGUUGCAACGCCGUUCUAUAAGGCUAGGAUAA